UCUCGCUCUUGCAUUUCAAUGUCGAUAGUUGUGUCGGUGUACGUUAUGUGAUAAACAGUAAAAGACUUCUUCCAUGAAAUUUAAAAAUGACUAGUAAUAUCAAUAUGACGUCGCCGUGGUCUCUUAUUGCGCGGAAAAAUUCGUCUACUCUUAUUUUUUUCUAUUCCGCGUUUUUAUCUCCUCGUGGUUUGUCUUUUCAACCCGUGCCUUUUGCCCAUUCUUUUCGAGUACGUGUCUCGCGAGGACAAAGUGGCGUUCAAGAAGUAGUUGCUGAUUUGGAGACUGCGAUACAAAACAACGACCAGCUGCACAAGAAUGUUGAAUUUCACCAGUUUCCGACUCGUAGAAAAUCCUCAAGCUGCUGCCUUUCCCGCACCUGUUGCAAGCGUCGGCCACGUUCCUCUUCUCGGACAGAAACUACCUUCUGUGGCAGAACAGUACCUUCAGCAUCAAGCAGUUGCACUAAGAAAUUUUGUAAGGUGAAUCCGCUUUCGCGCUGUGCCAGCUCGUUCGCGAAAAAAUUAAUUGGCGCUGGUGGUUUUCGUUUAUCUGCGGGUCCAGCUUCACGACGUUGUACAGCUAUUGUAGCACCACAUGAUCAUCAGGAUGAAGAUGCAGCUACUGAGAUAGAAGAAGAUAUUGACGAGGUGAAUGAAGACCAUGAGAAUAGUCGAGAAAAAAAAGGUUGCGGUCUCGUCCAAGAACGUCGCGAUACCAAGAAACAGCGAGUACACCCUCGACCGAACAACGGCUGGACCAGAAGUAGACCCACGACCGCCGUGUGCACGAUGAGAGGUAGCCGAGAACGACAUCCGUCACGUGGACUCGCAUUUCUCGAAUUCGACGAAGAGAAGGAUCUAGAGACACGUCAACAUGGAGGUUGGAAGGAAAAGGAACACAUACACAACUACUUAAAUAAGGAUGAAAUACAAAAACAUCAUCAAGCGCAAAAAGGUGGACAUAGAAGGAGGAGGCCAACGCAGGAGAUAAAGGUACCAGCAGUUGUAGCAGUACCACGACGAGAUGAAGUAGUUGUUAAGGAGCAGAAGAACAAGACGUUGGCCAUGUCCCCGUCGUCGAAGGCGAAUUCCUGUUCCGUGACGAACGAGAAGAUGAAGGAAGCAGAAGUUGCGAUAUUGGAGGAAUUGAAGAGAUUCGAGAUUGCACUCCGCAAAUUGUUGGAUACGGAUAGUAUGCUGGGUGGAGGAGUCGAGAAAACGAAAAUGCUUUGUGGGAUGUUCGAUUUCGAGGACGAAUAUCCGAGAAAGUUGACCAGCAGGAUUGCAUCGGCUGCAGCUGAAGAAGCGAAUCCAUUUCUUUCAGUUGCUUGGAGCGUGACUGAUGAAGAAGAUAGGCGCCUCUAUCUUGUAGUGGUGGCAAGGAUGGGCUUGACGAAUUUUAUGAAUCCACAAGCACACGGAACAGCAUACGAUCUUGGUGGAGCACCAGAAACAGCAGAAGACGUUGAACGACAUGCACAGACCCUAUUCGAAAACGAUUACAAUCCCAUGGUGUUUAGACAUGAUUUGUUGUUAAGGCUAAAAGAUUCUACCAGAAAUUCAAUUGUACUUUCCUAUCAUGAUCUUAAGUAGCCUGUUCGUCCUGUCAAGGAAUGGGAAUGAUCUUCAAGAAAGUUAGGAGGAAAUUUUUCUAGCCUCAAUUGAGAAAUAUUCAAUCACUUCGCUGCUCUAGCCCUAAUGUUUGCGGCCCUACCAACGAUACUACGUGGCUUCGAGGCCGCUGCUUCUGUGGUGCCUAGGGCGACAGCGACACCCCAGAAAGUUGAUAAAGGUCAAUCGCCAUCUAAUGGUGAAAAAGACUCGCCGUGCUGUUGCUGCCAACUACUUGAGCCUACUAGUACAAGUGCUGGCACCACCAAACCAGAGAAGCGCAGCUCAGCAGCUUUUUAUCCUCCGAAUGACGACUUCGACAUCGAUGAUAUACUGAACUCCAGUGAGUGUGUACUACCGAACAAGGCUGUUGUAGAGCUGGAUGAAAAGAAGAAACCUGUGAUCUCAACACCCAGCCCCGCAUCUGUUUCAACUGCUGAGCCUGACACCCCUUGCAGUUCGACGGAUGAAACGACACUACGUUUGCAAGAACGACCGCGUUCUUUACUGGAGGAAAGUCGGGAACUUGAUGACGUCGUGGAAGAUGAAGAUCAAGAUUCCUGUAAUAAUAUGAAUGAACAAGAGGGGGCACGACCAGAUGAAGCCGUUGUUGAUCCUGCUUGGUACAUUUUUUCUCACAGGCAGUUGACAUUGCUCGAACAACUGCUAAAGGCACUUGCAGUGUGGAGCUUCACCGUUAUGCAGAGUGGUGGAGUCUUUGCAAAGUGUUUGUUCUAAGUAUCUACUUAGAAGUACUCUCAUUUUUCCUGAAUCAGCUUUACGGUCACGAUGAUGUGAACAAGCUACUUAGCCUAAGCUUUCCUGAUCAAAAUUGAUCCGCCUAGUCCAACUUUUUCUAAGUUCAAGGAAUCAAUCUCUGAUGCCGUUAGGGAUUGGUACUCUCGCAGUCCGAUGAUGGGUCGAGCGAGCGUUGAAGUUGAAGUGGACAAGAACUGCUUCGGCAUCGGCAGUACACCAGGAGCUUCGAAUACGAAUGCGAAUGCUCUGCUUCUCAAGAGGGUAAGCAAUAUCGCGUCACAAAUCGUGAAUCGUGAAGAGCCAUAUGGGGAGGACCCGUUGUCCUUCCUCGAUGUUGCGUUUCCGAGCCAUCUUGAGGAAGAACAAGAAUUUGUCAACUAGAAGAUGCGAUUGAUUUUGAUCAAUCGUAGUGGGUUUUUUGCCGUCCUCGAUGAAGAGCUUCGUAAGAAAUGUGCAAUUCUUUUGAGUGUUGAUGUGUGUCAGUGAUGUAUUUUUCAUUUUCAAACAAUUAUUUUUUUAUAAUAAAGCUCCACCUUGUUUUUUCGUUUGAGAUGAUGUGAUAUGGAGAUGUGUAUCUAAAUCUAGGCGUUGUACGGGGACCUCAGUCCUCUUGCGCAAUAAGAACAGACUUCAUUUCAUAGAUCUAAAUGUGGCAAGGUCUGCCACAUCAUUGCUGGUAGACAGAGGACGUCAAUCUUCUUGUUCUACUGACUAGUAGUAGUACUAGUAGUGCUAGUAGUAGUUGCAUCAAGAAGCAGAACACGUAAACGUAUUUCUCAAUGUGGCUCAACAUCAGUUUAAUAUUCGUAAAAUUAUACAUUCCCAGUUAAAAAUACGCCACGACAACUCAGAACGUCUGGUCUUCUUUUCGUUUGAGUUGGUCUGCGAACCUGCAAGAAAAAGAAAAACAACAUAUGGAUGGAACAAGAGACAUGAGAAUACUGAAGACUUUCAGUUUCACCCAGUACUUUGAACCCUUCUACUAGCAUACUCGUAAGAUUUUGCCUACUUCUAUAAUUGGCACUAACAUAGAAAUUUUGCCUAGUACUAGUAUGAUUUCAGAUGACUGAAGUCAUGCACCUGUAGUGUACUUUUAAUAUGAAACCAAGAUGAGAUUAUUUCAGUGAUGAAAUAGAGAUUCCUUCUCGUCCCUGUCCAGAGCAUCGCUAAAAACAACGUAUUUUUCACAUAUUCGGUGGUACUGUUGUUACAACAUUAUCAUCGUGGUCCAAAACAGAUGUGGAACUCGUUGCGUGGCCGCGGACCAUUCGGAUUGGG